ACACGGACAAACCGCAGGCUCGUUUCAACCCCGCGUCGGUUCCUCGCGUGGCCGUGGGGAGCGUGCGUCCCCACGACACCCUUUCGUCUGCGUGUUUUUUUAUUCCCGCGGGGAUUUGUAUUUGUUUUAAACGCCCGGUAACUGAAGUAGCGUCGCGCGGCUCCGCUAACGUUAGCUCGUGCCUGUGGUCAUUUAUUGUUUAAAAAAAGCGUUAGUCAGCUGUUUUUCUGCGCAGCCUCGUGCCCGCUGCCACCGCUGGAUCAAACCACAACAUCUGUUUAUUCAGCGAUAUCCACAUGUGUGUGUGUUUCUCUGUCUAGAUCUCAACUGAGCAGGCUCCGGUGGUGUUUGUUUUUUGGAUCUGCUGAUUAAUUGUUGUCCAUCAUCAGCAUCAUCGUCAUCAUCGCACCAGAGAAUCAAGAUGGCCCUGAAUGUGUUUGAUCAUGACGAAUACCGGCCACCAGUGUGGAAGUCUUACUUGUACCAGCUCCAGCAGGAGGCGCCGCACCCACGCAGACUCACCUGCACCUGUGAGGUGAACAACCGGCCUAAAUACUACGGGAGAGAGUACCAUGGGAUGAUCUCGAGAGAAGAGGCCGACCAGUCGCUGAGUCAGGCCGAAGGCAGCUACCUCAUCAGAGAGAGUCAGAGACAGCCGGGCACAUACACACUGGCUCUAAGGUUCGGGAACCAGACGAGAAACUUCCGUCUCUACCACGACGGGAAACACUUUGUCGGAGAGAAGAGGUUCGAGUCCAUCCACGACCUGGUCACGGACGGCCUGAUCACGCUCUACAUUGAGACAAAGGCAGCGGAGUACAUCGCCAAGAUGACCAUCAACCCCAUCUACGAACACGUGGGCUACACCACCCUGAACCAGGAGCCCACCCUGAAGAAACAUCUGCCACUCAGCCCACAGGCCCCCGACGGGCCGGCUCCGGCCAAAGAUGACUGCAAUGCAGAGGAGAGGCUCACAUCGCUGGUGCGGCGGGCGACCCUGAGGGAGAGCGACUUGGCGCCCAAGUACGAGAAGGUCCACAACUUCAAGGUCCACACAUUCAGGGGCCCCCACUGGUGCGAGUACUGUGCCAACUUCAUGUGGGGUCUCAUCGCUCAGGGAGUGAAGUGUGCAGACUGCGGGUUGAAUGUCCACAAGCAGUGCUCCAAAGUCGUGCCCAACGACUGUCAGCCGGACCUGCGGCACGUCAAGAAGGUGUACAGCUGCGACCUGACCACGCUGGUCAAGGCCCACAACGCCAAGAGACCCAUGGUGGUGGAUAUGUGCAUACAGGAGAUCGAGGCCAGAGGUCUGGAGUCAGAGGGGCUGUACAGAAUAUCAGGCUUCAGCGAGCUGAUUGAAGAUGUCAAGCUGGCCUUUGACAGAGACGGAGAAAAGGCGGACAUUUCCUCAAACACUUACGAGGACAUCAACAUCAUCGCCGGAGCCCUCAAGCUCUACUUCAGAGAGCUGCCCAUCCCCCUCAUCACUUACGAUGCUUACCCACACUUCAUAGAAACAGCAAAGAUUUCGGACCCAGAGAAACGGCUGGAGUCUCUCAACGAGGCCUUGAAGCUGCUGCCGCCUGCCCACUGCGAGUCCCUGCGAUACCUCAUGGGUCACCUCAAGAGGGUGACCGAGUGCCAGAAGGAGAACCUCAUGCCCAGCGAGAACCUGGGCAUCGUCUUCGGCCCCACGCUCAUGAGGGCCCCCGACCUGGACGCCAUGACGGCGCUCAACGACAUCCGAUACCAGAGACUAGUGGUGGAAAUGCUCAUUACCAAUGAAGACGUGCUGUUCUGAGAGGAAGGGAGGGAAAGGACAGAGAGAGCGGGACGAUGCUCGAGCUGUUACGCGUCGUCAAAAGACAGAGGAAAAAAGUGACCUGCUGACCUUUGAGGUUAAAAUGAAGGAGAAACGUCUGCGUGGAUAAAAGGAGCAAUGAAGGAGGAGGCUAUUAGCAAAGAAGAAAUAAAAAUAAAGAUGGAAGGAUGCAGUGUUUCCCUUCAUUUUUGAUUCAUAAACAAACUUGAAGCUUCCAAAAAUUGCAACGCUAUAACUGUACAAAAAGGACUUACUGGAACACUGAAUGGGAAGGACAAUCAUUUCCCUCGUUAAGCUCAUAUCUUCUCUUCUUAAAUGGAUGCCUUGACGUUUUUUUUUUUUUUUUACCCUGCUUAUUAUAAUUGUCUUGCUGUUCUGGGGGGGUGAAAGAAAAUCAGCUUCAUUCAUAAGAAAACCUUGGGUUGGCAUUGAAACCAAAGUGUUAGCCACGAGCGAACCAGAAGAAAGACAGCAGUCUGUGCUGUCAAGGUGUCUGUUCAGUCCUCGCUGAGCGUAGAAGAAGAAGCACUGACGUCAGGAGCGUAGGCAGCUGGAUGAAUGAAAGAAUCACUCACUCAUCAUUCCCUCUCUAUGGGGUUUAAGUGACUCGGACCUAUUGUGUUUUGGAUUUCCUUUCUCAAAGCUUUUUUGUUUGUCUUUCCAGCUCCUGCUUCCAUUCACCGCUGUGUAAUUAUGCAGUAAUCCUUCUCUAACAUCGAUUUUUAUUUAAGUUGCUAAAAUAGAAAAUCAAUGCCCACUUACCCCUUUUCUCAUGUCACAUUAUAACCUUUUGUUUAAGACAUUAUUGCUGUGUUAAACACUCUGUGUUUGAGCUGUGAAUCGAGUGAUGGCAUGUUUUUCCCACUAUUUCCGAACAAAUCCUGUGUCCUCCCUCCUCUCCGCCUGCCUGCUCUGCCUCUGAUGGAGAAUAACAACGCAGUCAAUUUAUAACAAGACGAUCUGAGCCUCAUGGCAUAUUUUCUUCCAGUUCGUAAACUAGAAUCAACGCUAACUAACUAACAACGCUAACUAUCUAACUCAACAACGACAACAUUGCAGACACGGCAUUAACCUGGCAGCUUGUUUUCAUUUCAUGUCUCAUUUAAGACGGCUCUAGUUGUCGUACGUUAGCCCCGGUGACAGAUCGUGAACAGAGGGACGCAUCGUGCGUGACUUGAAAUAUGUGAAACGGUGCUUUACGUUGUUUUUUGCUUUCGUUGGUCGUUUUUGUUCAUAAAGCAGUGUUGUACUGUAGCAGGGUUGGGCCAGGAUAUUUCCCUCUGUAAAUCAGAUGCCAACCAGAAGACAACAGGGUUAAGAUCGGGUCCGUGGUCAAACAUUGCAUACGGAGAAGGUUCACUGAAAUGUGUGGUCCCUGCUCUGAUUUGUAUAAUCUGUAGGACGAUGAUGGAAAUCGAAUGUCUUAUGACCGGAGUGUAUUUGUUUUUUUCCUCUCUCUGUCUCUCUUUUAUUGAAAUUAGUGCCAUUUGAAAGGGCGGAGGUGUAGAUUGGCUGCCUUCUACACGGACCUCCACCUCAACUAACACGCUUCAUUUAUUUUAACCCCCAUUUCUGUCGGGGGGGCACCGAACCUACUAUUUCUGAUUAGGACACAUGUCUCAAAGCAAAGACGGAGUUAUGGAUGUAAAAAUCAAGCGCGCCAGUGCAAGGUUGGGUGUUAAAUAAGGUGGCAGGCAAGAGUUUAGAGUUCAUUUUUUAUUUUUUUAUACUACUGUGUUGACUUUCUGUUGUUCAUAUGUUCCAGGGUGACCUAAAACCCUGUUGAUUUAACGACGUACUAACUUCACACUAAUCCGAGUACAGCUUGUGGGCCUUCAGUGAACUGUGACGCUUGCUUUUUUGGGGGAGGGCAUCAUGCAUUUUUUUUUUUUAUUGUCAUUGCUGUAAAGGAUUUUCUAUAUGGUUUAUGCAUGGUGAAAUUAAAUUAUUAAAUAUGGCUUUCAA